AUGUGGAAAGAUAAUGUGAGUGAGAGAAGGAUAUCCAAGAGACUGAAGCUUGUGAAGAGAACAAAGGAGCGGUAUGUACGAAGUGAGGUUCCCUGUGGAUUUGAAUGCUGCGGCGCAGUUCAAAGAAAGAGGAUGCGAGCACCUGUGUUUAUCAUACCUGAUGCAUAUGUUGUGAGCAGAUACUGGGCGUUGUUGCAGAGUGACUAUGUGGAAGCAAUCAUAUGCCAAUCUGUGCUUGAGGAGCUGAGUAUCGACGACAGGAAGAGAUUAAGAGCAUUAAUGAGGGAGAAGCAGUAUAUUUUGUUUUAUGACAAUUUUUGCAAAGACACGAGUGGAAAGGGACUUAUGGGAGUAUUAGAAUACUACGUAAAUCAUGUUAGAGAGUACACAUAUGUUAUUUUGGAUAAGGAUAGCGUUAAAGAAUAUGGGAAGUAUGUGAGUAAGGAUAUUUCUGAUAUGCUGGUGAACGACAAGGAUGAUGAUGGAGAAAAUUAUGAAGAGUAUAAGACGAACCUGGAUGUUUUGUAUGGCUCUGGUGAAGUUUACCGAGGAGUGGUGGAGAUAAGUUUGUAUAAUUGCUACAGUGGUGUGGUAAUUGAUGGAGGAGUGAGAAUCAAUGUGAUUGGGAAAGAAAACAUGAACAGAGCGCUACAUGGAGAUGAAGUGUAUGUAGAAGUGAUAGAUGAGCGUGGAGAUGAUACAAUACUUAUUGAUGAGGAAAUACAAUCACAAGUGAUGAAGAAUGAAUGCGAAGCUGAAGAAAAGAUAGAAGUAAAUGCACUAGCGAAUAUGCUAGAUAAUAAUAGAGAGUUGUAUGGAAAAAUUGUAGGGAUAUACAAGAGGAAGACUAGAUCAGUUAUUGGAAGUGUGCCUAAUGAUAUUGAUUGCAAGAUUAGAUCUCAAUAUGUACUUAUGAUUCCUAUUGAUAGAAGGAUGCCAACAAUAAGAGUCAGGACCUUGGAUGCACAGAAACUGAAAGGUAAGAGACUCUGUGUAGAGAUUGAUACUUGGGAAAACACAAGUAAGUAUCCGAGUGGAUGUUAUUACAGGGAGUUGGGUGAUGUAGGAGAUAAGGAUGUUGAGAUAGAGUCUUUACUUCUUGCGAAUAGAAUAACUUACUAUGGAAAGAGUUGGGAUGAUUUUGAUGUAGAUUUGAAUGCAUUUAAUGAAUGCGAAAGCAUGAAAAGGAUAAAUGAAGAGGUGAUGAAAGGAUUGAGAGAAGAUUUCCGGAAUUUUCUUGUGUUGAGCAUUGAUCCACCUGGAUGCACUGAUAUUGAUGAUGCGCUUCAUUCACGCAACCUUGCAAAUGGAAACAUAGAAGUGGGAGUGCACAUUGCAGAUGUAACGUUUUAUGUUGGCAAAGGAAGUGGUCUUGAUGAAGUUGCAAAGGAUAGAUGUACAAGUGUAUAUCUGCCAGAAAUGAGGAUUGAUAUGCUUCCGGCGGUUCUCAGCACGAAUCUAUGCAGCUUGGUUGAGGGAAAAGAGCGAGCAGUAUUUUCUGUGGUCUGGGAAGUCUCUAUGUCCGGAGAGAUCAUUAGCACACGGUUCUGUAGGUCUGUAAUAAAGUCAAGGAGAGCUAUGAGCUAUGAGGAAGCGAACAAUAUAAUUAAUGAAAAGAGAAUGAAAGGUAAUGAAAUACAAGAAACUCUUAACAGACUGAAUGGAAUAAGCAAGAUACUGAGGAAGAAAAGAUUUGAGAAGGGAUCUUUAGAUAUGAGCACAAGAGAUGUAGUGUUUAGAGAUGGGAAGCUUGAGUUUAAGGAGAGCUAUGAAACAAAUCUUCUUGUUGAGGAGCUGAUGAUACUUGCAAACAUAUCGACUGCAAUGUUUACAUAUCACUACUAUCCUGAAGCAUCUUUAUUGCGAAGACAUCCGCCUCCAAAUUCAGUUCCUCUAGGCUUUCAUAUUGACGCAUCGUCUGUAAAAGCAUUGAAUGAGUCGAUAUUAAGAUUGGAUGAGAAUCACAGGGAGAUGGCAAAGCGAACACUGAUCCGAUCUAUGAAUCAAGCAGUGUAUUUCUUAUCAGGUGAUGUAAGGAGUUUCCAUCACUAUGGAUUGGGUACAGACAUGUACACGCACUUCACAUCACCAAUACGAAGAUAUGCAGAUAUUGUUGUUCACAGGAUUCUUGGCCAUAUUCUCAGCACAUCUGAGCAGGUUGGAGAGAAUAUCAGCGGGCUUGGAAGAGUAGAAUUUACGCCAAUAGCACGACAAGAAGAGAAGGAAGAUGAUGUGUUUGCUGAUGAGAAGUCUUGUAACAAUAUGAACCGAAGACAUCGCUCAGCACAGAGGGCGUCCUGGGAAUGCGAGAAGUUGGCAAUAUACAUGGCUCUUAGAGACGCUGAACCGACUUUAGAUGGAUAUAUCACAGGGAUCAGAUCAAACGGAGUGAUUAUUUAUGUUCCUGAUUACAACAUAGAAGAAGCUGUACUCUGCAGCACACAACUGCGCAUGUUUGAAGCUGUGCGUGUCCGUGUGAUGCAGAAUGACCAGAUGUUCUUUUUCCACAGGAGGUUUUCACUAAAGCUAGUUGAUUAG